AUGCUGUAGGAGCGUGUUGCGAUGGUAACGGACAACACACCGGACAAGAGCCGCUAAACAGGGUCGAGAUGACCAUGUCGCAGCUGGAUGUCGACGGUUUUCCAAUUUCGUGGAAAGAUCCAGAGGAUGCAGACACAGUAUCAAUGUUUGAUGUGAUUUACGGCAAAGUGAGAGAGAAGAUCAUCCUGCAGCGGCUGAUAAUGAUUUCUCGGCUCCCCCACGACCUUGCUGAUAGGACAGACCUGGGAGCUCAUUAUGAAAAUCUCAACUUUCAGCUGAACAAACAGUACAUAUGGGAUCACAUAACAGGCCUUCUGCUGAUUUAUCCAUCCUACCUGCUGCACAUCAUUGAAUCGUCCAGGGAUAUUCUGACUUCUGUUUUGAGAGACGUCAAAGUCAUGCAACAACAGCCACACCGCACCUUGCUGGAAGUAAAGAUUGUGUUUUUGGAUCACAACCCUCAAAGAAGGCUGUUCCAGCAGUGGAGCUACAAGGUGCUGGGUGCAGAUCAGGUGAUCAGGGAUCCCGCAGUUAAGGUACUGGAGGAUGAAGAUGUCAGCACAGAGACCCUUGUGUGCAGCGUCCUGUCAACACUGCAAAAUCUGAGGAAAAAGCUUGAAAAAUCGAAGGCUCUUCCCGGGUCAGUGUUGGAUGAGACGCCGCAGCUGAUCGUCCAUCAGAAAAUUCUGGAAAGGCUUUUGGGUCGAGAGGAACUCCUGAGGCCGCAGCAGUACCUAGAUAUGUACAAAUCCACCUUAAACAUCAGUAUUGAGUUUGGACAACUGAAUCCAAGAAACCUUUUCUCCGCUGUUUAACCCCCUGAACAAAAUGUCAAAGGCCAACUGUUUCCCUGUAGUGAUUUUGGUUCCUACACUGAAAAUAUUUGCUGCACUUACUGUUCACUUAUUCUUGUGAUACUUGUGGUCGUCAGACAUCCUCUGCCUUUCCUGUCUUUUAUGAUAAAUAGUACGUGUCCAAAAGAUCCAUUCACUCUUUGCUUCCCUUUUAUUGUCUGUGUAGCUAGCCAUGUGUUGCGAUCUAAUAGUGUGGCAUUGUUUUCUCAUUCUAAAAUAAAGACAUAUUCAAAAAAUA